AGUCUUUAUAAAAGGUCAUUGAACUUCAUAACCUGGCCACACUACUCUAAGAAACAAGACAUCCCGAGUUAAAAGAGGAUAUUUGUUCUUGUGGAGAUGGGUAUGCAGCUGCGUGUUCUAACGGUGAUAGCCAUGGUGAUCGCCCUCAUCUCAGCUGCAUCAGCAGCUUCUGGGACUGCCACUUACUAUUCACGACCUUACAUUCCCUCAGCGUGCUAUGGCAACCAAGAUAAUGGGGUUAUGAUCGCGGGAGCAAGCGAUGCAAUUUGGGAUAAUAAGGCAGCAUGCGGAAGAAGGUACUCUGUGAGAUGCACAGGGGCUGCAAACACUCGGCCACAUCCUUGUCGUGGGGGAACCAUCACUGUGGAGAUUGUCGAUUACUGUGCCAAUUGCAACGGAACCAUCAAUUUAUCUCAAGAUGCCUUCCAAAUGAUCGCUGAUCUUCAAGCCGGCAAAAUCAAAAUUGAAUAUAAUCAGGUUUGAACUUUGAAGCUCUUCUGCACUUCUACUGGAGGCCGACUACUCCCUAUGAAUUUGAGAAGAGUAUUACUAUGAGGGCUAAUAAUUAUUAAUUAAUGUCUAAUAAAGUAAAUAUCCUGGAGGUUAUAAAGUUAUUACUAUUAUUUUUUUAA